CCAAGCUCAAAUUGACUUCCUUUAUUCAUAGAAAAAGCUGAAUAAUGCAUCCCUCUCAAUGAUAAUUUAUUUUUAUUGUUUAGUUUUUAAAAAUGAUUAAUAAAAUACAUCAAUAAUAUUGGGAGUCAAUGACAAUGAAAAUAAUAUUUUAUAUAGCUGAAAAAAAGUGAUAACAAAAAAGUUAAAGACACGCAGUCUGAAAAAAAUAAAAGAUGACUAUGUAAAAAUAGAUGUUGAAAUCAAAAGAAAUAAAAAUCAUAAAGUUACUUAUUUAUAAGGGAAAUUAUCUUCUUAGUGGGUACAUUCCAUUUUUCAAAUUGGCAAUUUUGAAGGAAUUGAGGGAACUUUGAAGUUGUAAACCCAUAAACAAUUUCGUUUAAAAUGGAUAAUACUCAGCAUUCUGAAUUAGAAGCUUCUGAUUUAGAUAAGGAAUUUAUGCAAUUUUUAAUAAAGACCAAAGAAAAUUUAUCAAGAUUGAGUCAGGCAAGUGAUAAUGAAGAUGAUGAAUGUGAAGAUGAAGAAUCAGAUUCAGUGUUUUUGAACUUUAUAAUGGAAAUGAAAAAAGGAUUGCCUAUCGAAUUUGAAAAUGAAAACACUUCAAGAUCUAUUUUAUUUGCUAAAAAUAGAACUCCUUUGAGAAAACAAGCAUCAGAAAGUGCUGCAGUUGAUGAAAAUGAAGAAAGACUUUACCAUGUACAAGAAGAAAAGUCUAAAUCUCUGUCUGAUAUAUCCAUAAAUCUUGAUGAAAUGGAAUCUGAAGCUCAAAAAAAUUUUAAAAGAAAUCGUGAUGUCUUCACUCAAAAAUUAUAUCAUUUUUUUAACAGAAAAAUUUUCAAUAACAGAUUACCAAAAGAUAUGUCCGUUACCUGGAGUGAUUAUUUGCGAACUACAGCAGGAUAUACUCGUUGCUCAAGAGAUAAAUUGACUAAUACAUAUUCCUGUAAAAUUGAGUUAGCAUCCAAAGUAUUAACAUCCUUUGAUCGUUUACGAGACACUUUGCUACAUGAAAUGUGCCAUGCUGCAGUUUGGGUGGUGAACCAACAGAAAAGCAACCAUGGUCCUUUAUGGCAAAUGUGGGCUGACAGAUGUAAUCUCAUACUGCCUAAUGUUCAGGUUCCAACAAGAUGUCAUAACUAUGAAAUAGAAUAUAAAUUUACAUACAGAUGUAAAAAUUGUCCUUGGAAAAUUGGAAGGCAUUCAAAAUGUUCAAGAUUCUUAGAAUUAAAAUGUCCAAAAUGCUAUGGUUCUAUUUAUUGCGUGAAGUCAUGAAAUUUAAAGAUGAAAUUAUGAUAAAUUGCUGAACAAACAGUGAAGUUUUUGCUGACAUAUUUUUACUAUGUGUAGAAAUUAAUAUUUUUUAAAUAUCAUUUAGCAUUUUUUUUUUUUUAACCAUGGAUGUUCUUACUAUGUUUUAAUUUUUUUAAUCUGAGUUGCACAAUAUUAUAUAUAUUCAUUUCUUGAAACUCCAAAUAAAUUA